UGAAAACUAUUUAUAUCACAAACCUUUAAUCAUAUUACAUACUCAUUACAAAUUUAGAAAUGGAUAUGAAAAAUGGACCUGAAUUAUCUCAUCUAUACAAAUAACAAGGAAACAUUAAGGGUUUUUAUGAAACUUUAAAGGUCAUGCUCUUUAUUUUUUAUUUCAGAGAUUUUUUAAGUGGUUAUUUAUAGGCAAUUCUGAUAGCAGAGUUCUCUCGUGACUUCAGACAGGAGGACCAGGAGGGUGAAACAUGUUUCCUAAGAAAGCUCCUUUUGUCCAAGGAGAAAGGCUUAUUAAUCUGAGGUUACUUCUACAUUGUUUUAUCCAAAGGGCAAACAGACCUCUCAGAAGAGGUAAGUAUGUGUCGGGUUGGAAUCACCCCAUAGUGGAGACCCUGUGGAACUGAGAAAUCCUCUACCUAAGGACUAGUCCGCAAUGGGUCAACAUAGCCUAUUUGCCAACUAGCAUAUAAAUGAUUGGGGGGAAAUUCUGUUCUUCUAGAGAGAAGUUGCUAAUUCUUGCUACCAUGAGCUUCUUCUUGAUAUGAGCUAAUUUUGACAUUGACCUGAACACUCACUCGUAAACUCAAAAGAUGAGUGUGCAUACAUACACUGAAGUAAAUAAGUAAAUAGACUUUCAUACUUUUGGGUGAAAAGGCUACAAAAAACCUAAGUACCUGUUCCACUCUCAUGGCUGUGUUCUAACAACAGUUUACUAAAGGCCAAGGAAUGUGUUAGAAGUUCUUUCACAUAAUUUCUGGAUGAUAGAAUUGUAUACUCAUCAGUAAUUUUAGUACAGAUGUCAAAUAGCAUGUUUUUAUAAGCACAUUCUAGGUACAGGGUAGUACUCAAAGGAUUAGCAACACAUUUUAUGCCAAAAUAAAGACACUUGGCUUUUGCAACAUUCACGACACUUGAAAUCUCUCUGAUGAAAUAGGAAAUGAAUCCAGUAAAAAUGACCUGCUAAUAGUAGGAGGAUAACAGUUGACCAUCCCGUAAGAGAUAUCCAAAGGUAAGACAAGAUUAACUGGAAAAGUAUGUAUAAUAAAUAUUCCUGGCAAUGGGUGCUGUGAAAUUUGAGAAAAAGCAUUUACCAUCAGCAAAUGUAAUCUAGAAAGGAUCAUUAAGGAGAAGAGAGUUUUUAUAUUGAAUGAAGGGUGGUGUACAAAUAUUUAACAAAACAAAUUCUGCACAAAAGAGAACAUCUGAUUGUGUCAGAGUGAGACUUCUGUUUGGAUACAUGCAAACAUGGGAAUUUUGAAAGCUCAUUAGAAAUAGACAAAUUUAGACAAAAUUUUGGGGGUAAGAACUCCAUUCAUUAUUCACAUUCACUUAUCACACACAUAAAUAUUAAGUACUCAUCGUAUGUUAAGUGCUGGUCUGAGCCAGCAGCAAACCACAACAAAAAUAUCCUGACUUCAUGAAGUUUAUAGGAAUAUUGCAAGACAGGUACAAAACAGUGCUAACUUGAUAUCAGUAAUUAUCCUCUGGUGUGUUUUUCUCCUUAGUUCUGUUGCUUUACACUUGCGCACAGAUGGGCAGAGACCCUGGUAUGAACAGGGUCUUCAAAAAGUUUGUGAAAAAUAUACAUUAUGAGACAGCAGCAUGGAUAUUUUAAAAAUUUUUGUUCACAAAAAUGAACAUCUUUCAUUUCAAUUUUUCAUGAAUUUUUGGAGUGCAGUUAUAUGUAUUUCAAAUGAAAGCAUUUCUUCAACUUGUUGAAAAUCAUGACUCUGUACAUAGAAACACAGGAAAUCAGUUGACUGCAUUUUUUUCCAUUGUUCCAAAUUGUUUAAGCAUUAUAUACACUACACUAAGGAAAAAAUAAAUGAAAACAUAAUUAUUAUAUUUAUGUGACAAGCAAGAAUGAAAGGUGACUGAACACUGUGGGUGUUGGAGUAUUAUUUCUGCCUUUCUGUGUAACCUUCAGUAUGUUACUUUGAGAUCAUAACCUCCCCUUCCUAUACAUUGAAUGGUCAGCCAAAGGGCUCAUCUUCAAGCAGAAUAUAAAUGCCAAGUAUGAGGAACCAAAUUGAUGAGUGUCACUUUCCUAUACUUUUUUUUUUCCACAUAGGGACCUUCAUUCAUUUCUAUCUGCAUGGCUCAUUCAUAUGUAAUGUUUGUCUUUUAUAUUAUUUUGUAUAAUUAUGAUGGCUUUCAUAGAAAGGAUGAUGAAAUCACUUCCUCAAAAAACAGUGUCACUGAAUUUCAAUGUGAUGAAAAAUUUUCAUCCCCAAGAGCACAGAUGAUGAAGCAGUCAACAAACAUCUACGGAGUAAGCAAAGAUUCUUUGUUAAAUACGUGUGGAAGGUCCUGAAUAAGUAGAGAUCUGGACACGUUAAUGUUGCUCUCAUUCAUUUAAUAGUACAGUUGGAAAGUGGGGCACACCCCUCAAAACACAAAUCAUAGCAAACCAACAUAGGAUGAGCUAAGUUAUAAAUAGUUGGUAUGCAUGACAACAAUGAAACAGUAGAAAAGUAAGGGUUUACACCCUAGCUUUGCCAUUUCUUCCUUGUGCCACAUUGAGUAGGUUGGUUUUAUAAACCUCAGUUUCAUCUUCUGCAGAAUGGUUCCAAUAGCAGCUAUUGGGUGGAUUGUUCUGAGGUAUAGAAAUUAGAAGUAAUAAUAAGUCUCUUUCAUUUAAGAAGCACUGUAUUAUUACUGAAUUUUUUUUAUCUUGUAGGCACUAGCUGUUUAAUAAGGUUUGUGCUAAUGGGCAACAUGUAUUAGCUAAUGGAGGACUCAGAAUAUUUUUUUAGAGGAGGAGAAUAAGGUUUAUAGAGGAGAGGGAUUUGACCAGUCUUUUGCAAUUAGGAAGCAGACUUCGGAGUCAGGACUUGGACUUAGGACCAACCCAAAGCCAAGAUAUGACACACUGCAUCUCCUGGUGUACUUGGAUACCUACUGUGAAUAAAAUGAUUUCAUUGCUGUAAACCAGAGGUCAAGGAUGCCUUCCUUUGUGGAGGACAUGUAACUGGCUCUGGUCUUAGAUGAGGAGAUUGGAAUUAAAUAGGUUGUGAUGAAGGAGAAGAGGUUGUUGUAACGAGAACAAGGAAGGCACGGGAGGCUCUGGAGGGCAUGCAUAUGGAUCAGGCUGCAGAGCAGUAAGCACUUGGGCAGGAAUGAGGGCGCGGGUGUUUUCAUGGACAGGUGGCUGUCAAACCUCAGAGGUGACUGAAUGUGAGGCAGAGAAAUCUCCUCUUGAUUCUCUAAGGAACUGUGAGCCUUUGAUGAUUUUUAAGCCAAUACAUAAGAUAAUGAAAAAAACUGACUUUCAAUUGAGCAAUCAAUAACUAUUGGGAAUGGAUGGCAUUUAGAGUGGCAUUUUAAGAAGGUUAUUCUGACUUGUGAAGAAUGAAUUGGAGAAGAAAACUUCUUAAAAUGGUUGUUUUCAGUUGUGUGUCUGUCAUGACAGCUGGGAUAAGUGUCACAACUAACAAAGCGCUAAUAGUAAAGGAUUGGUUUGCCACAAAUUAGCUGCUUUAUACAUUAGAGCAGAUUCAAGGUCAUUCCUGGAACAAUGUCAUUCUCCUUCACUCAGAUUCCAAGUGCUUUCUUGAGAGCAGAGCAAAGACUGAAGGGUGAUGAUCUGGUGCUCUAACGGCGGGACCCUAGCAGUGUUCCCAGGCGUGGCUGCUACAUUUCACUCCCCUUGUGUUUCAGCAAUGAAACACGUGGAGAAGUGCUGUAUUAAAAGGCUUGUCAGAGUAGUCCAGGCAAAAUUCACCGAUCAAGAGGUGUCUGGGGUCUGGAAAUGUUAACUUGAAGAGAUAAGGUUAGUUGAAUUAUUAGGAAGAAAGGAAAGAGAUAAGCCAAAGAAUGAUUCAGAGAUUUUUACAUUUGACACUGGCAAGGGAAUCUAGAGGAAGACCUUGCUUUGAGGCCUGGUGCAUGGGUGUGGUCAUGAACUUGAGAUUUAAGCUUGUCACCCAGUGGAAGACCCAGAGGGCAAUAGGAAUGACUGGAGCUUCUCAGGAAGGUCAAAGUGGAAAGUUUUGUGAGUCAUGCACGUUGAGAUGAUGAAAUAUUGUCUAUGUUACUUAUUUAACUAUUUUUAAAGAAGCUGUUGAGUGGAUUUUGUAAUAAUAGGGGUUAGCUUUCAUAAAGAACUUGCAUUGUGCUGGGAACAGAACUCACAACGGCACACACAUCAUUUAUUUCUCAUGCCAGCCAACUGAGCAAGUAGUAUUAUGCCCAUUCUGAGAAAUCAGCUAUAGAGAGGCAAAAUAAUGUGGUCAAGGUCACACAGCAAUCAGAUGAGAGCAGAGAUUCAGUCCUAGGCAACCUGAUUCCAAAUAUCAAGCACCUGCUAGCCCAGAAUAUAAGCAUAUGAACAUAAGGCUCUUCAACAGAGAAGUCAGUCAUUUGAAAGUCAGGUCAUAUUAACUUGGUUUGAACCACUUUUGACACAAAAGUAUAAGGAAAUAUCCCCUUCAAUCAAGCUAUCUUAAGAAUAAAUCAUAUAUAUCGAACUAAAAAUAUUAUCCAUUUAGGCUACCGACCUCCUCACUAAGAAAGUGAAGAAUAAGUGAAAACACUGAUAGCCAUUUACAGCUUUUUUGUGGAAAAAAAAUCUCCCUUUCUGUCCGGCCUUGAUUUCUUUUUCUUUCAUGGACUCUGUUUUGCUGAUCUUGUUCAAUAAGCCCCAGGCCUCCUCCCCUGCUUUUAUGGCAUGGAAAUAGUUGCAUGCUUGUAAGUGGGUCUUUAUUUUUAUUGGCAGAAAAUUCUCAAUCCACUUAUUCCCUUGUAUAAAGUUAAUUUUAACUAUAGAACCUGUAUCAAUAAUGUCAUUUAAAAGAGGCUGCUUCCAAUACACUGUGUGAAAUGUCUACAGAGAAUUCUAGAUUUAAUAGGCAGGACUUCUCUCGUAGCUCAUCAGGCCUUGCAGCUUCCUUUCCCGUCUACAUCUGAGCACUCUCUGUUCUCUGGCCAGCUGCCUUCUGUUCAGCCCCUGUGUGUUCUCCAUUCUCUGCUCUGCCUUAAUGACAAGCAAAAUUUCUUCAUGGGUAUAUUGGUAGUGGUGGUGGUAGGGGGUUACUUCUUUGUGUCCAAGAAAACAACAACAACAACAAACCAAAUCCUUCUAUUGGCAAACGAUGAAAAGUCUGACACUUGGAGUUUAACGAGAUUAAGCAAUCCCUCUUUGGAUACAGCAUUGUGGCCAUGGCAGGAGAGGGUGUGUUAUUCUUAGACCAAAUCUCAUUGUACAUCUAGUGGCUUACACAGGAAACCCAAAACAUAAGAAGCCAAGCAUCCAUAGAUCUCUUGUAGUUGAAACGGUCAAGUGUUUUGGCUUGUUGCUUGGUUGACAUUUUUUGUACUUUUUCCAAAAUGGUAAGUGUGGAAUUUAUCUUCUAAUAUUGGCAUUCGUUCAUUUCAAAGAGAUAGUCAAAAGCUUUGGUGUCUUCUCUUCCUGCUGGCUUAUUACUGGUCUAGUUCAGGUUACCAUGGAAAGCACGCAGUUAUUUUUACCAAUAACUUACACCAAAUACUUGACCUUGGAAUCGGCAAUUUGCAUCCUUAUAAAAGAAGUUACCUGGGGAAUUUAACUGUGUAAUCCCAGCCCCCAAGUGGCAGGAGAUGAGUAGAGAUGGAACAAAGUUGGUGAGACACCUUUUAAAACCUUUUGAAUUGGGAAAUCAUUUCUUUUUGACUUCAUUUUAAAAAUGGAGCCUACUUUAUGGUGGUAUGAAAAAGCAGAAAGAUGCAGUAGAAGGCUGUAGGAAUCGUGACUCAAAAACUCGGCUCCAGGACUCAAGAAAGCAAUCUUGUAGUCACAUUGAGAGGGAAGCCAGAAAGAAUCCAGGUUUCCACUUUCCCAUUAGCUUUUUUACCCAACACCUUCCUUCAAACCUCAUGUCUUCCCUUUUAUUUUGUCUUUACUGAUAAAACUAAUAUUGAAAAAUACCUUUUCAACUUGAACUCCGAAACAUAGGUUUUGCUGCAAGUGCUAAUGUUUUGGUGUGGGUUUUUUUUUUUUUUUUUGAGACAAUUAUCAAGACGAAGCAUUUGUUUCUUCUUUUGUUUACCCGUGGCAGUUUGUCAGCAGUUAUGAUAAGUAGAGUUCCAUCUGCCAGUAAAACUACAUUGCAAAUUGCCGUAGAAAUUAGCAGCUUUCAUUUUUGCCUACAUAAAUAAAUAUGCGAAAUAAAUUGCACAUAAAUGCAUCCUAAAAAAUCACAGGUACACCGCACAGUUAAAUGCCAAUCAGACAAAACCGGAGACACGUUGCGAUUAUCUCAGUUUUCAAACCUGCAAGAAACACGAAUGUGUUUCUAAAUGAGAGAGGCAGUGUAUCAUGCUCGCUGAGAGAAAAACAGAAGCUGCCAGACUCUGCUCUGUGGCUGUAUUCUGAGAAUCCUUUGCCUGAAACUGCUCUAUCUUUCCUCUGUCCUCUCUCUCUCCCUUCUCUGUCUCCCUCUCUCCCUCUCCUCCCCGUCUCUUCCUCUCUCCUUCUCCUCCCUCUCUCCCUCUCUCUCUCCAUCUCUCCCUCUCUCCUCGCUGCCUUUCCCUUGUUCAUUGUUCUGUCUCUGCUCCUGCCUUUGAUGCACAUACGUUGUCACAUUCCAUUGACUCUCCUCUCUUCUCUGUUCUUACACUCAAGCCUAGCGGUGCUUUCGCCAGGCAGCAGCAGCCUCUCCUGCGAGUUUUGGUCAUGUGUGCAGCUCAGUUUGAUCGAGCGUUCCUUUUCUGCCUUUUCACUCUUACAAAAGAUUAAAAGGUGGCGUCACAUUGCUCCCCAGUUCCUUCCCGCAGGAGGGACUUAAAAGGGACAACAAAAACUAAUCACUUUCAAUAAGCAUUUUCUUGGUGGAAAAAAAAAAGGAAAGAAAAAAAAGAAAAAAACGAGGGGGGGGGGGUGGACUUAGCAGUGUAAUUUGAGACCGGUGGUGAGGAUUGGAGCGAGCGAGAGAUGCUGCACGCUGCUAACAAGGGAAGGAAGCCUUCAGCUGAGGCAGGUCGUCCCAUUCCACCUACAUCCUCGUCUAGCCUCCUCCCAUCUGCUCAGCUGCCUAGCUCCCAUAAUCCUCCACCAGUUAGCUGCCAGAUGCCAUUGCUAGACAGCAACACCUCCCAUCAAAUCAUGGAUACCAACCCCGAUGAGGAAUUCUCCCCCAAUUCAUACCUGCUCAGAGCAUGCUCAGGGCCCCAGCAAGCCUCCAGCAGUGGCCCUCCAAACCACCACAGCCAGUCCACGCUGAGGCCCCCUCUGCCACCCCCUCAUAACCACACACUGUCCCAUCACCACUCGUCGGCCAACUCCCUCAACAGGAACUCUCUGACCAAUCGGCGGAGUCAGAUCCACGCCCCAGCUCCAGCACCCAAUGACCUGGCCACCACACCGGAGUCCGUUCAGCUUCAGGACAGCUGGGUGCUAAACAGCAACGUGCCGCUGGAGACCCGGCACUUCCUCUUUAAGACGUCCUCGGGAAGCACUCCGCUGUUCAGCAGCUCCUCUCCAGGGUACCCUUUGACCUCAGGAACCGUGUACACGCCGCCACCACGCCUGCUGCCCAGGAAUACCUUCUCCAGGAAGGCCUUCAAGCUGAAGAAGCCUUCCAAAUACUGCAGCUGGAAAUGCGCCGCCCUGUCCGCCAUAGCCGCGGCCCUGCUCUUGGCGAUCCUGCUGGCCUAUUUCAUCGCAAUGCAUCUGCUCGGACUCAAUUGGCAACUGCAGCCGGCAGAUGGACACACCUUUAACAAUGGGAUAAGGACCGGCUUACCAGGAAACGAUGAUGUGGCAACAAUGCCAUCUGGAGGCAAAGUGCCCUGGUCAUUGAAAAACAGCAGCAUAGACAGUGGCGAAGCAGAAGUUGGUCGUCGAGUGACUCAAGAGGUCCCACCAGGGGUGUUUUGGAGAUCACAGAUUCACAUCAGCCAGCCUCAGUUCUUAAAGUUCAACAUCUCCCUCGGGAAGGAUGCUCUCUUUGGUGUCUACAUAAGAAGGGGACUGCCACCAUCUCAUGCCCAGUAUGACUUCAUGGAGCGUUUGGAUGGAAAGGAGAAGUGGAGCGUGGUGGAGUCGCCCAGGGAGCGCCGGAGCAUCCAGACCCUGGUUCAAAACGAAGCUGUGUUUGUGCAGUACCUGGACGUGGGCCUGUGGCACCUGGCCUUCUACAAUGAUGGCAAAGACAAAGAGAUGGUUUCCUUCAACACCGUUGUUCUAGAUUCGGUGCAGGACUGUCCACGCAACUGCCAUGGGAAUGGCGAAUGUGUGUCCGGGAUGUGUCACUGUUUCCCAGGGUUUCUAGGAGCAGACUGUUCUAAAGCCGCCUGCCCCGUCCUGUGCAGCGGGAAUGGACAGUACUCUAAGGGGACGUGCCAGUGCUACAGCGGCUGGAAAGGCGCCGAGUGCGACGUGCCCAUGAAUCAGUGCAUCGAUCCUUCCUGCGGGGGCCACGGCUCCUGCAUUGACGGGAACUGUGUCUGCUCUGCUGGCUACAAAGGCGAGCACUGUGAGGAAGUUGAUUGCCUGGAUCCCACCUGCUCAAGCCAUGGGGUCUGUGUGAAUGGAGAAUGCCUUUGCAGCCCUGGCUGGGGUGGUCUCAACUGUGAGUUGGCAAGAGUCCAGUGCCCUGACCAGUGCAGUGGGCAUGGCACUUACCUGCCCGACACAGGCCUCUGCAGCUGCGAUCCCAACUGGAUAGGCCCCGACUGCUCCGUUGAAGUGUGCUCAGUAGACUGUGGCACUCACGGCGUCUGCAUCGGGGGAGCCUGCCGCUGUGAAGAGGGCUGGACAGGUGCAGCUUGUGACCAGCGCGUGUGCCACCCCCGCUGCAUUGAGCACGGGACCUGUAAAGAUGGCAAAUGUGAAUGCCGAGAGGGCUGGAAUGGUGAACACUGCACCAUUGGUAGGCAAACGGCAGGCACCGAAACAGAUGGCUGCCCUGAUCUGUGCAACGGUAACGGGAGAUGCACACUGGGUCAGAACAGCUGGCAGUGUGUCUGCCAGACCGGCUGGAGAGGGCCCGGAUGCAACGUUGCCAUGGAGACCUCCUGUGCUGAUAACAAGGAUAAUGAGGGAGAUGGCCUGGUGGAUUGCCUGGACCCUGACUGCUGCCUGCAGUCGGCCUGUCAGAACAGCCUGCUCUGCCGGGGGUCCCGGGACCCCUUGGACAUCAUCCAGCAGGGCCAGACCGACUGGCCUGCAGUGAAGUCCUUCUACGACCGCAUCAAGCUCCUGGCAGGCAAGGACAGCACCCACAUCAUCCCUGGAGACAACCCCUUCAACAGCAGCUUGGUUUCUCUCAUCCGAGGUCAAGUGGUAACUACAGAUGGGACUCCCCUGGUUGGUGUGAAUGUGUCAUUUGUCAAGUACCCAAAAUAUGGCUACACUAUCACCCGGCAGGAUGGCACGUUUGACCUGAUUGCCAAUGGCGGUGCCUCCUUGACUCUGCACUUUGAGCGAGCCCCGUUCAUGAGCCAGGAGCGCACCGUGUGGCUGCCAUGGAACAGUUUCUACGCCAUGGACACCCUGGUGAUGAAGACGGAGGAGAACUCCAUCCCCAGCUGUGACCUCAGUGGCUUUGUCCGCCCCGAUCCAAUCAUCAUCUCCUCCCCGCUGUCCACCUUCUUCAGUGCUGCCCCUGCACAGAAUCCCAUCGUGCCCGAGACCCAGGUUCUUCAUGAAGAAAUUGAGCUCCCUGGCUCCAACGUCAAGCUGCGCUAUCUGAGCUCCAGAACUGCAGGGUACAAGUCACUGCUGAAGAUCACCAUGACCCAGUCCACGGUGCCCUUGAACCUCAUCCGAGUUCACCUGAUGGUUGCUGUAGAAGGACAUCUCUUCCAGAAGUCAUUCCAGGCUUCUCCCAACCUGGCCUACACCUUCAUCUGGGACAAGACAGACGCCUAUGGCCAAAGGGUGUAUGGGCUCUCAGAUGCUGUUGUGUCUGUCGGGUUUGAGUACGAGACUUGCCCCAGCCUCAUCCUGUGGGAGAAAAGAACAGCCCUUCUUCAAGGAUUUGAGCUGGACCCUUCCAACCUCGGUGGCUGGUCCCUGGACAGACACCACAUCCUCAAUGUCAAAAGUGGAAUCCUACACAAAGGCACUGGGGAAAACCAGUUUCUGACCCAGCAGCCCGCCAUUAUCACCAGCAUCAUGGGCAACGGCCGCCGCCGAAGCAUCUCCUGUCCCAGCUGCAAUGGCCUUGCUGAAGGCAACAAGCUGCUGGCCCCAGUGGCUCUGGCUGUCGGAGUCGACGGGAGCCUCUUUGUCGGUGACUUCAAUUACAUCCGGCGCAUCUUUCCCUCUCGAAAUGUGACCAGCAUCUUGGAGUUACGAAAUAAAGAGUUUAAACAUAGCAACAACCCAGCGCAUAAGUACUACUUGGCUGUGGACCCCGUGUCUGGCUCGCUCUACGUCUCUGACACCAACAGUCGCCGCAUCUACCGUGUCAAGUCUCUGAGUGGAGCCAAAGACUUGGCUGGGAAUUCGGAAGUCGUGGCAGGGACCGGCGAGCAGUGUCUGCCCUUCGAUGAAGCCCGUUGCGGGGACGGAGGGAAGGCCGUGGACGCGACCCUGAUGAGCCCGCGAGGGAUCGCAGUCGACAAGAAUGGACUCAUGUACUUCGUCGAUGCCACUAUGAUCCGGAAGGUUGACCAGAACGGAAUCAUCUCCACCCUGCUGGGCUCCAACGACCUCACCGCUGUCCGGCCACUGAGCUGUGACUCUAGCAUGGACGUAGCCCAGGUUCGCCUGGAAUGGCCGACAGACCUUGCUGUCAACCCCAUGGAUAACUCCUUGUAUGUUCUAGAGAACAAUGUCAUCCUACGCAUCACUGAGAACCACCAAGUCAGCAUCAUUGCAGGACGCCCCAUGCACUGCCAGGUGCCUGGCAUUGACUACUCGCUCAGCAAACUAGCCAUUCACUCUGCUCUGGAGUCAGCCAGUGCUAUUGCCAUUUCUCACACUGGGGUCCUGUAUAUCACUGAGACGGAUGAGAAGAAGAUUAACCGCCUGCGCCAGGUAACAACCAAUGGGGAGAUCUGCCUUUUAGCUGGGGCAGCCUCAGACUGCGACUGCAAAAACGAUGUCAAUUGCAACUGCUACUCAGGAGACGAUGCCUACGCCACUGACGCCAUCUUGAAUUCCCCAUCAUCCUUAGCUGUAGCUCCCGACGGCACCAUCUACAUCGCAGACCUCGGCAAUAUUCGGAUCAGGGCAGUCAGCAAGAACAAGCCCGUUCUUAAUGCCUUCAACCAAUACGAGGCUGCGUCCCCCGGAGAGCAGGAGUUGUAUGUCUUCAAUGCUGAUGGCAUCCACCAGUACACUGUGAGCCUGGUGACAGGGGAGUACUUAUACAAUUUCACGUAUAGUGCUGACAACGAUGUCACUGAGCUGAUUGACAAUAAUGGAAACUCUCUGAAGAUCCGUCGGGACAGCAGUGGCAUGCCCCGCCACCUGCUCAUGCCCGACAACCAGAUCAUCACCCUCACCGUUGGCACCAAUGGGGGCCUCAAAGUUGUGUCCACACAAAACCUGGAACUUGGCCUCAUGACCUAUGAUGGGAACACUGGGCUCCUAGCCACCAAGAGUGAUGAAACAGGAUGGACUACUUUCUAUGACUAUGACCAUGAGGGCCGCCUCACCAACGUGACCCGCCCCACGGGGGUGGUGACCAGUCUGCACCGGGAAAUGGAGAAAUCCAUCACCAUUGACAUUGAGAACUCCAACCGCGAUGAUGAUGUCACGGUCAUUACCAACCUGUCUUCGGUGGAGGCCUCCUACACAGUGGUACAAGAUCAAGUGCGGAACAGCUACCAGCUUUGUAACAAUGGUACCCUGAGGGUGAUGUACGCGAAUGGCAUGGGUGUCAGCUUCCACAGCGAACCCCACGUCCUAGCAGGCACCAUCACCCCCACCAUCGGGCGCUGCAACAUCUCCCUCCCCAUGGAGAACGGCUUGAACUCCAUUGAGUGGCGCUUACGAAAGGAACAGAUCAAAGGCAAAGUCACCAUCUUCGGCAGGAAGCUCCGGGUCCAUGGAAGAAACCUCUUGUCCAUCGACUAUGACCGGAAUAUUCGGACAGAAAAGAUCUACGACGACCACCGGAAGUUCACCCUGAGGAUCAUCUACGACCAGGUGGGCCGCCCCUUCCUCUGGCUGCCCAGCAGCGGGCUGGCGGCUGUCAACGUCUCCUACUUCUUCAACGGGCGCCUGGCUGGCCUGCAGCGGGGAGCCAUGAGCGAGAGGACCGACAUCGACAAGCAGGGCCGCAUCGUGUCCCGCAUGUUUGCCGACGGCAAAGUGUGGAGCUACUCCUAUCUGGACAAGUCCAUGGUCCUCCUGCUCCAGAGCCAGCGUCAGUAUGUGUUUGAGUAUGACUCCUCUGAACGUCUCCAUGCUGUCACCAUGCCCAGUGUCGCCCGGCACAGCAUGUCCACACACACCUCCAUCGGCUACAUCCGCAACAUCUAUAACCCUCCCGAAAGCAAUGCAUCCGUCAUCUUCGACUACAGUGACGACGGCCGCAUCCUGAAGACAUCCUUCCUGGGCACCGGGCGCCAGGUGUUCUACAAGUAUGGGAAGCUCUCCAAGUUAUCGGAGAUUGUCUACGACAGUACCGCUGUCACCUUCGGGUAUGACGAGACCACCGGUGUUUUGAAGAUGGUCAACCUCCAGAGCGGGGGCUUCUCCUGCACCAUCAGGUACCGGAAGAUCGGGCCCCUCGUGGACAAGCAGAUCUACAGGUUCUCUGAGGAAGGCAUGGUCAAUGCCAGGUUUGACUACACAUAUCAUGACAACAGCUUCCGGAUUGCAAGCAUCAAGCCCGUGAUAAGUGAAACGCCCCUUCCCGUUGACCUCUACCGCUAUGAUGAGAUUUCUGGCAAGGUGGAACACUUCGGCAAGUUUGGAGUCAUCUAUUAUGACAUCAACCAGAUCAUCACCACCGCCGUGAUGACCCUCAGCAAGCACUUUGACACCCACGGGCGCAUCAAGGAAGUCCAGUAUGAGAUGUUCCGGUCCCUUAUGUACUGGAUGACCGUGCAGUAUGACAGCAUGGGCAGAGUGAUCAAGAGGGAACUCAAACUGGGACCCUAUGCCAACACCACGAAGUAUACCUAUGACUACGAUGGGGAUGGGCAGCUCCAGAGCGUGGCUGUGAAUGACCGCCCAACCUGGCGCUACAGCUAUGACCUCAACGGGAACCUCCACUUGCUGAACCCAGGCAAUAGUGUGCGGCUCAUGCCCUUACGCUAUGACCUCCGGGAUCGGAUAACCAGACUUGGAGAUGUGCAGUACAAAAUUGACGACGACGGCUAUCUGUGCCAGCGAGGGUCCGACAUCUUUGAGUACAAUUCCAAGGGCCUCCUAACAAGAGCCUACAACAAGGCCAGUGGGUGGAGUGUCCAGUACCGCUAUGAUGGUGUGGGACGGCGGGCUUCCUACAAGACCAACCUGGGCCACCACCUGCAGUACUUCUACUCUGACCUCCACAAUCCGACUCGCAUCACCCACGUCUACAAUCACUCCAACUCAGAGAUUACCUCACUCUACUACGACCUCCAAGGCCACCUCUUUGCCAUGGAGAGCAGCAGUGGAGAGGAGUACUAUGUUGCCUCAGAUAACACAGGGACGCCCCUGGCUGUGUUCAGCAUCAAUGGUCUCAUGAUCAAACAGUUGCAGUACACAGCCUAUGGGGAGAUUUACUAUGACUCCAACCCCGACUUCCAGAUGGUCAUUGGCUUCCAUGGGGGACUGUAUGACCCCCUAACCAAGCUAGUCCACUUCACUCAGCGUGAUUACGAUGUGCUGGCAGGACGAUGGACCUCGCCAGACUACACCAUGUUGAAAAAUGUGGGCAAGGAGCCAGCCCCUUUCAAUCUGUACAUGUUCAAGAGCAACAACCCGCUAAGCAAUGAGCUGGAUUUGAAGAACUAUGUGACAGAUGUGAAAAGCUGGCUUGUGAUGUUUGGAUUUCAGCUUAGCAACAUAAUUCCUGGCUUCCCAAGAGCCAAAAUGUAUUUCGUGCCUCCUCCCUAUGAACUGUCAGAGAGUCAAGCGAGUGAAAAUGGCCAGCUCAUCACAGGUGUCCAGCAGACCACAGAGAGACAUAACCAGGCCUUCCUGGCUCUGGAAGGGCAGGUCAUUUCCAAAAAGCUCCACGCCAGCAUCCGCGAGAAGGCAGGCCACUGGUUUGCCACGACCACGCCCAUCAUCGGCAAGGGCAUCAUGUUUGCCAUUAAGGAAGGGCGGGUGACCACGGGCGUGUCCAGCAUCGCCAGCGAGGACAGCCGCAAGGUGGCGUCGGUGCUCAACAACGCUUACUACCUGGACAAGAUGCACUACAGCAUCGAGGGCAAGGACACCCACUACUUUGUGAAGAUCGGCGCGGCCGACAGCGACCUGGUCACGCUGGGCACCACCAUUGGCCGCAAGGUACUGGAGAGCGGGGUGAACGUGACCGUGUCGCAGCCCACACUGCUGGUCAAUGGCAGGACUCGAAGGUUCACCAACAUUGAAUUCCAGUACUCCACGCUUCUGCUCAGCAUCCGCUACGGCCUCACCCCCGACACCCUGGACGAAGAGAAGGCCCGCGUCCUGGACCAGGCGAGACAGAGGGCCCUGGGCACGGCCUGGGCCAAGGAGCAGCAGAAAGCCCGGGAUGGGAGAGAGGGCAGUCGCCUGUGGACUGAGGGCGAGAAGCAGCAGCUGCUGAGCACGGGCCGCGUGCAAGGGUACGAGGGGUAUUACGUGCUGCCCGUGGAGCAGUACCCCGAGCUGGCGGACAGCAGCAGCAACAUCCAGUUUUUAAGACAGAAUGAGAUGGGAAAGAGGUAACAAAAUAACCUGCUGCCAUCCCGUGUCUGGAUGGCUGGGCGGGAGUAACUGUUAUCUCCUCUCCUAAGGAGAUGAAGAUGUAACAGAGGCCUGAAGCCCGGCUGCUUCGGGAAACCAACCAAGUGGCAAGAAAGCUCACAUUUUCUGAGUUCAAAUGCUACUGUCCAAGCGCGAAGUCCCUCAUCCCGAAGUAGACGAGAGCCCAGCUGAAAAUUCUGCGGACAACAAAACAAACGAAUGAAUGAACAAACACACACAUGCGCGCACACGCACACACACACACACACACAUAUAUGAUGUUCCAAGACCCCCCCCCACUUCCCCUUUCCCCUAAGACCCACUUGUCCUGGGUCUGACACAGAAAGGAGACACCAAAAUGUCCGAGAGGAACAAAACGGACACAACAAGCAAAAGCAGGAAACCAACCAACAAGAACAACCACCGAGCAGCCCACCCACAGAAACCCAGAAGGAAUGAAGACAAGGAACGAUCUUACCUCACUCAUUCACACGGGAGCGACGCGGACACACCCACAGGGGCCGGCGUCGGCAGACCAGCGGAGGACGGCCAAGCAGACUGCUUGUGGGACAAAGACUUCAGACGUUUUCGUUUAGGCAAAUACAGGUGCAUUUGAAAACACGACUUUGGGGGUGAUUUGUGUGUAGCGCCUGGGGAGGGGGGGGGGUCAAGUGGAGGAGUGAGCACUGGAAAUAACUUUUUCAAGAAAAAAAAAAAACACAAGGAAAAAAAAAAAAAACAAGCAAUCCAUAUCAGAAAUCAAAGCGAAGUAAUACCGUCCAGCACUUACUUACCUCUCAGGACCUCACUUAGCCUGAGCUAAUUUAUUUGAGCGCAAAGUGUAAAAUUUAAUUCAAAUCGGUGGCUGUACUCACUACAGAUAAAUCUCAUACUCUCUUGUCUUUGGAGAAUUCCAUUGUGGACAGUAAUACGCAGUUACAGGGUGUAGUCUGUUUAGAUUCCGUAGUUCGUGGGUGCCAGUUACGGUAGAGGUGUGGCAUUGUGACACUUUCGCUAACAGGUACCACUUCCGAUCACCCUGUACAUACAUGAGCCGCAAGGCGCAAUCACUGUUUCCGAUUUAAAAUUCUUAGUGUGUUUGUUUGGUCCAGAAACUGAGACAAUCACCUGACAGUCGCCACGAGGAGAGAAAAUAAAAGUUUAAAAAAAAAUAAAAAAAAAAUUAAAAAUGGAAAAAAAAAAGAAAACAAAAAAAGUCUAAUAAGAACUUUGGUACAGGAACUUUUUUGUAAUAUACAUGUAUGAAUUGUUCAUCGAGUUUUUAUAUUAAUUUUAAUUUGCUGCUAAGCAAAGACUAGGGACAGGCAAAGAUAAUUUAUGGCAAAGUGUUUAAAUUGUUUAUACAUAAAUAAAGUCUCUAAAACUCCUGUGGACAA